CACUCACUCUCACUCUCUCCAUCUCUGUUAGCCUCACUUUCACUUACAGCCCCAGUGAUCAUGCCGCAUCCCUCUCUCCCUCUGUCCUCUUCUCUGCCUGUCUGCUUUCGUUUAAAUAUUUCUUCAUCAAACUGACUCUUUUCAGGGCCAACCGAAUCGCAUUCGCCUGUUUUUGGAAAGAGGACAUUUAGAUGCGGGACGCGGCGGGUUUUUCACCUUGCAGCUCACUUAUUCUGGACGGGUUUUGGGAGGGGGUCUGGUUCCAUUUUGGAGUUUCAGGAAUACAUCAAUCGUCCGGUUUGCAGCCCACCGAGUGUUUUCCCAGAGUUCCGGAGUCUGUGGCAUAGCUGUGCGUCUCCUGAGGUGCACUUGGACUGCUCUUAUCGUCUCGGUGAGGAGCGUGGGCUGAAGAAAACCCCCCUCAGCCUGUCAUCAGCCCGAGUAGGAAUACCGUUGAGGGUCAGCUAAGAUCAGUGGAGGGGAAAGAGUGACAAAAGGAGGCAAAACGAAGAGGCAAAGCAGCAUCGCACAGGUUAAGAAGAGCUUCAAACGGCGGCACAAACGGGAUCAGCUCCUGUUGGGAAAGAGAGCAAGAGUUUCAGAAAGAGAGAGGCAGGCUUUCAUUUGUAAACUCUAAACUAGUGACUAUAAACUCUUCAGUACUUGAGAGCCAAUCCAGAACUCUUCAAUCAAUCCUGAUACUCUUGGGCUUCCAGGACAAGCUGUGUCGGUUUUUCCUGCUCAAGUUCCUUUGCAGUUAACAGCCAUGCAGGUGUCGUUCGCGUGUACGGAUCACGGGUUGAAGGCCCCGCGCACCAGCGAGCCGAACAAGCAGAACACGUCGAGUCCGAACACGGCCAGCGCAGCACGGGCACGGUUCCGAACGGUGGCGCUGAUCGCCCGAAGCCUGGGCUCCUUUGCGCACAGGCACCACAUUUCCCUGAAAGAGUCAACUGGAAAACUCACUGGCAUGAAGUACAGGAAUCUUGGGAAGUCAGGACUGCGAGUAUCAUGCCUUGGACUCGGCACGUGGGUGACAUUUGGGGGACAGAUUUCAGAUGAGGUGGCAGAGCAGCUGAUGACUAUAGCCUAUGAAAAUGGGGUUAACCUCUUUGACACUGCAGAGGUCUAUUCAGCUGGGAAGGCUGAAAUAAUCCUAGGAAACAUUAUCAAAAAGAAGUGUUGGAGGAGAUCAAGUCUGGUUAUCACCACUAAACUGUACUGGGGAGGAAAGGCAGAGACAGAGCGUGGGCUCUCUAGGAAGCACAUUAUUGAAGGUCUGAAGGGUUCUUUGCAGAGGUUACAGCUGGAGUAUGUGGAUGUGGUUUUUGCCAAUCGCCCUGAUAGCAACACUCCUAUGGAAGAGAUAGUGAGAGCCAUGACGCAUGUCAUUAACCAUGGCAUGUCCAUGUACUGGGGCACGUCACGCUGGUCAGCGAUGGAGAUCAUGGAGGCGUAUUCUGUAGCGAGGCAGUUUAAUCUGAUUCCUCCUGUGUGUGAACAGGCCGAAUAUCAUUUAUUCCAGAGGGAUAAAGUGGAGAUGCAACUGCCUGAGCUUUACCAUAAGAUUGGUGUUGGUGUGGUAUCCUGGUCUCCUCUAGCCUGCGGCAUCAUCACAGGGAAAUAUGAAAACGGCAUCCCAGAAUCCUCCAGGGCCUCUUUGAAGUCAUACCAGUGGCUGAAGGAGAAGAUUCUGAGCGAGGAUGGCAGAAAGCAGCAGGCGAAGCUUAAGGAAUUGACCCACAUAGCUGAGAAGCUCAGCUGUACCCUGCCACAACUUGCCAUCGCCUGGUGCCUCCGUAAUGAAGGAGUGAGUUCUGUUCUCCUGGGGACCUCCAACCCUGCACAGCUCACUGAGAACCUGGGGGCGAUACAGGUUCUUCCAAAGAUCACUGCUCUCGUGGCCUCAGAUAUCGACAAAAUCCUGGGUAACCGUCCCCAGAGUAAGAAGGACUACCAUCACUAGGCCUUUCUGUGAACCUGUAAGCCUUGAGACUCAGGAUCCCGUGCCAGCCCUCUUGUUUCGGCGGGUGUCCACAGUGUGUGAUUCCCACCAUUGUGUGUCUGUGUCAACUUCUCCUGCAGAGAGCCAUUGUUACAGUUACAGUAGAAAUGCUAAAGUGUUAUGCAUGUUUCUGUUCGACCUAAACCUGAGCUUAACCUCGCAUUAAGAUCUCUGUGGAGGCACACCUGC